UUGACCUUUUCUAUGUAGGUAUUAGUAGGUAUGAUAUCAUAAACGAUAUUCCUGGGAACGUGUAUAUAAGAAACUUGGAACCUCACUCCAGCAUUAGAUUCAACUAGUAGUUCGAAUAAGCAACAACCAAAAUGAAAUCCUUCAUCGUAGCCCUUUGCCUCUUCGCGUGCGCUUACGCCGCGUCCCCCGAGCAGGCUGCCCAGGUCCUGCGCUCCGACUACAAUCAGUCGCCCGAGGGUAACUUCCAGUACGCUUAUGAAACUGACAACGGUAUCGCUGGACAGGCUGAGGGCAAAGUCAAGGUCGUCGGAAAGGACGAGGUCGCUCUUGAGGUCGCUGGUGCCAACAGCUACAAAUCCCCCGAAGGUCAGGUCAUCUCUGUCACCUACGUAGCCAACGAGAACGGAUACCAGCCCCAGGGUGACCACCUCCCCACUCCUCCUCCCGCUGAGCCCAUCCCAGAGUACAUUGCCAGGGCUCUCCAAUACAUCGCUGAACACCCCUACGUCGAAAAGAAAUUGUAAAUACGUAACAACUUUAGACAAACCAAAACAAUGUAUAAUGUAACCUAAAGCAAUGUGCGUAAAGCGUAAAAUGGCUUUAACAACUUUAAUUUUUGUUAAUUUUUUUGUUUUCUAGACAAUAAAUAAUGUAAAAACGUUUACCAAA